AUGUGCGUUAACACUAUUGAAACUGUCCGUGCAAACAAGCAUUUUUGUUACUGGAAUAGUGUAGCGACCAUUGAUGUUGAUAUGGUGUCUAUUGCUUAUUCACUACCUGCACUGCAAAAGAAAGGACACCUUGUUGAAAUUGUGCUUCCCAAAUAUCAUUGUAAGCAAUAUGAUCGUGUCUACAACUUACGGGCUUUGAGCGUGGAGAUAGAAUCAUACUUUGAUCACCAAUUAUACAAAAGUAAAAUCUGGGUUGGCAGUGUUGUAGGUCUUCCUGUUUAUUUUAUUGAGCCCCAGCAUCCUUCUAAGUUCUUUUGGAGAGGAAAAUUUUAUGGCGAGCAUGAUGAUUUCAGACGAUUUUCAUUUUUUAGCCGUGCUGCUCUUGAGUUUCUUCUACAAGCUGGCAAGAAGCCAAAUAUCAUUCAUUGCCAUGAUUGGCAGACAGCAUUUAUUGCUCCUCUGUACUGGGAGAUAUUUGUACAUAAAGGAUUAAAUUCAGCUAGGAUAUGCUUUACAUGCCACAACUUUGAGUAUCAGGGGACUGCAGCAGCUUCAGAGUUAGACUCAUGUGGUCUUGUUAGCCAGAAUCUAAACCAAUCAGAUAAAAUGCAGGACAACUCAGCACGGGAUAGAGUUAAUUCUGUCAAGGGAGGACAUGGUCUCCAUUCAACACUCUCUUCCCACUCCAGAAAGUUCAUUGGCAUUCUUAAUGGUAUUGAUACUGAUGCAUGGAAUCCUGCCACUGAUGAAUUUCUUCCAGUCCAGUACAAUGCAACUGAUCUGCACGGGAAAGUAGAGAAUAAGCAAGCCUUGAGAAGGAAACUAGGUCUUUCAUCUGCAGAUAUUAGGAGGCCAUUGGUAAUUGGUAGAAUAUUAAAUGGUCUGGGUUGCACAGGAAAUGCCAUUUCUCUGAAACCUGCUCUGCAAUUUACCGAAGGCUUUUGCCCUUCGUUGCAACAACCACAAGAUAUUGUACUUCAGGGAUCAGGGCAUCAAGGUUGUAAGACUAUUGGAGAGAUAUGGUCAUUCUCAGAGGAACAUUUGCAGGAAGCACUUGUAGGAGUCUUCUACCAAGAGCGUUUGAGUCCACAAUAA